AUGGCGAACCGCAUGUCCAUAUUCUCAGUUGGCUCUGAAGGCGUUAGUAAUCAGCGAGCAGGUGGCCCUCAGACUGCACAGGUUUCGACGACUACCUUGCUGAACGCCAUACACAACAUCUAUCUCGCCUCUCAGCCUCAUCAAUUAGAAUCCAGCACCAGCUUGGUUGUCAAUACCUGGCUGACUGCCGCUCAAGCAAACCCUACUGUUGACCCUACACUCGCUACCAAAGCCUGGGAACACGCACGUCGACGAGCCGAAGAUGGAUGUGUUAUUCUUGGCUCUCUUCAUCAGUCAACGCCGUCUGUCUUGACUCCAUUUCUCACCAGCUUUCCAUUCUCGAUUCCGUCUACGGUCUACAAAGCCCUUGAUGCUGUUCAACCUUUUCUUCGAUGUGUGACUCCAUACAAUCCUUCCACGCCACGACAAGCAGCCUUGGGUAUAACGUUGACUCUGAACCUGGCUGGAAACCUUACUGCCGCAUCGCUUGCCCUUUCUCAGGGGGGCAUUGAUACAGUCAAUGGACUGCUGAACAUCCCAUCCGAGGCGGGCUAUCGAGCCUUUGAUGUUUUCUACUAUCUCCUUACAUCUGCCUCAACUCCCGCUGAGAGAGAGUUCUUGGGGCUUCAAAGUCCAUCUUCAUACACUCUUUUGUCGAGGUCAGGCACCUAUGAUCCACCUUCCUACCUCCCAACUGCCGAUGAUGGUGCCUCCGCCGAUGAUUUUCGCCAAGCACUCAAGGAUAUUGGUAUCAAAGGCUCUGCUCAUAGAAACUUCAUUUCCACAUUGGCUGGUUUGCUGAAGCUCGGAAAUACUCUGGAUUAUGGCGUAGAAUCGGAUACACUGGAAGAAAUUUGCGAAGAUGUCAGUGGCCUCUUGGGUAUCGAUCCUGAGACUCUUCUCAGACAGUGCAGCACUGAGGACCGAUGGACAUUUAUUGGAGGGCUUUACGAGUCUCUCGUGGACUGGGUAAUUUCCAAAGCAAAUGAGGCCAUCGGCGCGCAAAUGCUCCGUAUCAGGAAUGGGGACGAGUCUCCCGAUGGUCGAGGGGUGAGAACUCCAACUUCCGACCAAGAUUCUGGGGAUACUGUCUCCAUCACCGUAAUGGAGGUGCCCCAAAUCACCUUGGGCAAGGCACUCUCCAUGCGCUCUGUUUUUGAUGAUUCUCAAGGCAUCAAUACGGAAAUGAUUGAAGACGGUGUCAAUGUAUCACCUGCGGGCUCCUCAGUUCUUCGGGAGAUGCAGCAGGCUGUGGCAGAUGUCAGUCCGGAUUUGGGUAUCAUGACGACUCCAGAGGGCCGUGAACGACAGCACGAGCUGGAGAAGCGCGAGGUCGUCCUUGAAAAGAUUGCCUACGCAGCAGAAGAAGGCGGCUUUCUUCGCAAGCUGCUCUUCCCCAUCAAUGGUGAAGGCAUUAACCUUGGACGUGCUGGGCGUUUCGAUUUGCCUGCCGUAUUGGGGUCCAAUCGCUUGUGGUAUCACCUAUCUCUACACCCAACUGACGACUCCCCCACACAGCUUGCCGCUCUGCCAUCUGUUACUUCUGCCUGGUCGGCAGGCACUGUCUCGCGUCAGCUGCGCUCAUGGAGAUUGCCAGAAUGGGCGAAUCGACGCAAUCGAAACCUUGAUUUCACUGCCGACUUUGACCUUGACGAGUUUGUCCGCCGUUAUUCGAUUCUGGGCUGCAAGGAUGGCAAAGAUGGCAUCGAAAGCUGGGCUCUUGAACGAGGUUGGAGCAACGGAGAGGUUUUCGUUGGUAAAGACCGCGUAUGGAUGCGAGAAGGUGCUUGGUGGGAGGCUGAGAGCAUGCUCGACCUGAAGCCCGAGCACAACGACAUGAACAUGCCGGCCAUGAACGUCAACCCCUUUGGAUCCGGCUUUGACACUGGCUACUCCGCUAAUGGAAGUAGCUACUUCCCACAGCAAGGACUCGAGCCCAGCUUCAACGGCAGCAAUGACCACCUUGUACACUCUCGCAAUUUUAGUCAAAGCCAACUGGGUCUUGGACAAAGCCCACAUCCUGCUCCAUCUGUGGCGCCUUCAGCAAUGCGUAACGUCAGUAAUGGUGACUAUGGACUAGGCAACAAGGGCGACACUUACAAAGAUGACAUCUAUUACAACCCUGAAGGCGACUUCACUGGCACUAUGGACCCGGAACUCGCUAAGAACAAGAAGAUUCAGACGAAACAAGUCUCGAUGGGUCGCCGUGUGUGGGUUGGAUUUGUCUGGGCCUUGACAUUCUGGAUUCCGUCGCCAUUAUUGCGAUAUAUCGGUCGCAUGAGACGUCCUGAUGUUCGGAUGGCGUGGAGAGAAAAGUUUGUUCUGGUGUUUCUGAUCUUCCUCAUCAAUGCCAUUAUUGUUUUUUGGAUUAUUGAGUUUGGGCGCCUUCUCUGUCCCAAUUUUGAUAAAGCCUGGAGCAGGAGAGAGGUCGCAACACAUCAAGGCGGAGACGACUUCUGGGUCAGUCACUAUGGCAAAGUCUACGACAUUACCAAGUUUUACAAGCAGCAACACAGUGACACUGAUGUCAAGACCACGACGGAAAACAUGAUGCCUCUGGCUGGAUACGACUUGGACAACUACAUUUUCCCACCUCUGAACGAGGUAUGCAAAGGCCUAGGCAUCGCGGAGACGACAAGGUUGAUUCAGAAUAAUACUGCGGAGUUCAGUACUGCAGUUCACACCUCGGGUUUCUACGGCAAUCCUACCAGCAAGCUGCAUGAUUCCCUGUGGUACUGGAACGUUUUUGAGCCCAAAAUAAAGGAGUACUACAAAGGUGACCUUGUCUGGAGUGAGGGCGAUGUCAAGUCUCAAGGAAACGAGAUGCAGCGCGCAUGGGGAAUGUACGGUAAUCAGAUCUUUGAUCUUACGGAUUAUUUCCACACACUGGAUAUUUAUAAGAAUGCCGCCAUGUAUAAAUUCCUGGACGAGAGCGUUACCGACAUUUUCAAGAAUAAUCCUGGUCAGGAGGUCAAGUCACUCCUGGACCAGGUCAUUCAAAACUCAGUUGGAAACCAGACUCAGCACGCCCAGGUCAUGAACAGUUGGCUCUGCAUUCAGCGAAACUUUUACAAGGGUAUUACGGACUUCCGUGACACGCCGAGAUGCACGGUGAACAACUGGAUCCUCCUGGCCUUCACUAUUAUCAUCUGCUCUGUCAUCUUGGUUAAGUUUAUUGCAGCGCUUCGCUUCGCGUCUAAACGACGACCCUCACCACAAGACAAGUUUGUCAUCUGCCAGGUUCCCGCUUACACAGAAGGUGAAGACUCCUUGCGGAAGGCGUUGGAUUCUCUCACAGCGCUACAAUAUGACAACAAACGAAAGCUGAUUUGUGUAAUUUGCGACGGUGUUAUCGUGGGUCAAGGUAAUGAUCGCCCAACGCCAAAGAUUGUUCUUGAUAUUCUGGGUGUGGACCCCAAAGUCGACCCUCCUGCGUUGCCUUUCAAAUCCGUUGGUCCUGGUAGUGAGCAGCUCAAUUACGGCAAGGUCUACUCGGGACUCUACGAGUACGAAGGUAACGUCGUUCCGUACCUCGUUGUCGUCAAAGUCGGCAAGGAGUCUGAGCAGGGUAAGACAAAGCCUGGUAAUCGUGGCAAACGUGACUCCCAGAUCCUCCUCAUGAGCUUCCUCAACCGAGUUCACCAUCGGGCUCCAAUGAAUCCUCUAGAGCUCGAAAUGUUCCAUCAGAUUAACAACAUUAUUGGCGUGGACCCCGAAUUAUAUGAGUACAUGCUCAUGGUGGAUGCCGAUACGUCAGUUAGCGAGGACUCCCUGAACCGUCUCGUGUCCGCUUGUGCCAACAAUGCCAAGAUCGCCGGUAUCUGUGGUGAGACGAGCCUGGAGAAUGACGAGAAGUCUUGGACAACCAUGAUUCAAGUUUACGAGUACUUCAUUUCUCACCACCUUGCCAAGGCAUUCGAGUCUCUCUUCGGCAGUGUUACUUGCUUGCCCGGAUGUUUCACCAUGUAUCGUCUGCGGACCGUGGACAAAGGCAAACCUCUACUCAUUUCUGAUGCUGUUAUCAAAGAAUACGCCGUCUGUGACGUUGAUACGCUGCAUCAGAAGAACCUGCUGUCUCUUGGUGAGGAUCGUUACCUGACCACACUAAUGACAAAACAUUUCCCAUACAUGUCGUACAAGUUUAUUGGAGACGCUCAAUGCAAAACUGCCGCACCAGAAUCGUGGAGCGUUCUGCUUUCUCAGCGUCGUCGUUGGAUCAAUUCCACGAUUCACAACCUGGUAGAGCUAAUGCGCUUAAAGGAAAUGUGCGGUUUCUGCUGCUUCAGUAUGCGCUUUGUCGUCUUCAUUGAUCUCUUUGGAACCAUCAUCUUGCCGGCUACAUGUGUGUAUCUGGGUUACUUGAUCUACCGCGUGGCUUCGCAUACUGGACCGUUCCCAACCAUUUCUAUUGCAAUGUUGGCAGCCGUGUAUGGCCUGCAAGCAUUGGUUUUCAUCCUCAAGAGACAAUGGCAACACAUUGGUUGGAUGAUUAUCUACAUCAUUGCGUUCCCCAUUUACUCUUUCAUCCUCCCAAUCUACUCAUUCUGGAACCAAGAUAACUUCUCUUGGGGCAACACUCGUGUCGUCAUUGGAGAGAAGGGCAACAAACAGGUAGUUGCAGUCGACGAUGAGGGAUUCGAUCCUCGUUCUGUUCCACUGCAACGAUGGGAUGAUUACGCUCUGGCCAAUAACCUCCCCGGUCGCCGUGGCGGAUAUCAAGAGAAGCAAGACUACGGUUACCCCGAUCAGUACGAGAUGGACGAGAUUAAGUCGGUAUACUCCGCGGCUCCUCAGGGUUCAGUGUUGACGGGAAUGGGUGGACGCAAUACCUAUAUGCCACCUCAGUCACCAGCUCCCUUUGCCAACAUGAAUCGUGCACCUACCGCACAGGGCCAGUAUCACGACGCCCCUGCGUCCAUCCGCAGACAGUCCAUGAUGUCUAUGGGAACCCAGAUGCAGGACAUGAACCGCAGCCAAUCACCAUACCAGGAUUUCCCAGCAAACCGGGGUAGUGUUAUGAACUUGCGCGGGCAAGGAAACAUGACACCCGCCCCGGGCAUGGCUGGCAAUCGAUCAUCAUCUGCCAUAGGUUACGCGGGUGGUAAUCGUCCCCCAAUGGGCCAGAACGUGUCGACGACUUCGUUUGACUUCCAGCGCGGCCACAUCGCGGCUGAUGACACUGCCAUUGUGGAAGCAAUCCAGUCUGUGCUUCGUGAAGUUGAUCUCGACACGGUUACCAAGAAGCAAGUGCGAGCCCUUGUUGAGCAGCGUCUGCAGACAGAGUUGAGCGGGGAAAGACGUACAUUCAUGGACCGACAGAUUGAUCGCGAGCUUGAGAACAUGUAA